AUGCGCCGCAAGUCGAGCGCCGGCAAUCUCUUCAACUUUCGAAACCCAUCUUCGUCUUCCAAUCCACUCUCCUCGACUAAUCAACUCGCAAUGUACCCCGCACCGCUCCAAAUGGGGGGCUUUAUGACCACGCAACCGUCGAUUCCGACUUCGGCGGCGUCGUCGCAUUCAACUGACACUGCGAGCACUCUCAUUUCACCCACUGGUCAGGUUACGCCUGUUGGGAGAGAGUGGGAUCAACAGAGCGCCUCGGAGAGCAAUCCUGGACACUCGAGCGUGCUCAGUAGCGGCAGCGUUGGGACUGCUUCUUCUGGAUUACCUCCCAAUCAACUAGAUCUUUUGAAAGAGACGAUGAACAAACGAAUCAUGACUUUGACCUAUCUCCGAAGCACACACGAAGGAAAAAUGUACUGGUUUAAUACCAUUCUAUUGACCCGAGAUGGUCUGUCUGAAGCGUUCAACCAGCCUUCGAUGAAGAAGAAGGCGUAUCGUUUAUCUGUGCUGGCUAUGUCGCUUGCGAGUCUAUUCGAUAUCCAGAUUGCAAGCGACUAUCUCAAGGCACUAGUUUCACUCAUGACAGAGUAUGAAGCAUUCCAGGAUGAGACAGUAAGACCAAAGGUCAAGAAGCGAAACCUCUUUAGGGCGUCCAAGGUUCCCAAGCGAGGGGGUGUGAUAGAUUAUGCUGGGGCCACGUAUGACGCAGACAGUUAUCUGGUAACGCCCAAUGUGCCUUUCCAGCUGGAUUACCCACAGACCAUCAUCUCACUGACGGAUAUUCUCUCGGAGACGUACCAGAAACUGUCCAAAAACCUCGGGACACUUGCGACAGGCUACGGUCCGCCCAGUACGGGCGACGGUAGCCGAUUGGGGGCGCAGACACCUGGGCCGUACGGGCAACAAACGAAUAUGUUCCAUGGAGCUGGAACCCCGCAGAUGUUUGGACCGUUGGGCGUGAUUACUCCGUACCCCGGACUGACUUCGCUGUGGCCCGGAGGAACACCGCCGGCGGACGAGAUGAACGAGGGCUCGCUGUGGUCGCUGGCAUCGAGUGGGCCGGCCAUCAGCGUCGCAGUUCAUCAAAGUGCGACGGUAUCGCUGGCCAAGGAGCUGGAGAAUAUCAAGACGAUUGAUAGCAAGCUCAAGGUACUGUGGGACAAUUGCUGGAUUUGGGCAAAAGUGAUAGCAUCACUGCUCAAGGAACUGGAUGUGUUUGCGCGGGCAGCAAUCAAGGCCGAGCUCGAGUCUCUGGACCCACUGCUCAAGAACCUGGUGCUGCCAGACCAGAUGCAGGGGGAUGGCGCAGAUGAAUACUGA